UAUAUAGAGAUAACCACGGCUAUAACGGACACCUAACCCCUGAGUUCCAUACAAUCGAUAGAAGUGAUCAGUACAUCAGCUACUUAUUGGUAUCUUUAUAAUUUAAAUUGAAAAUACCCCCUCUCCAUAUACACAGAAAAAUGUUCACAUCAUCCUUAAGAUUAAUUACAAGAAGAACUUUCUCUACUUCUAUCUUAUUGAGACAAGCUGAAGCCAAGGCGGCCCCUCAAAUACAAUCAUCAUGUGCCGCUGGUACCCCAUUAAACUUGAAGAUCAAGAAAAGUGGUAAUGAACCAGUUGCCUUGGAAGACAGCGAAUAUCCUGAAUGGCUCUGGGAAUGUCUUGACAAACAAAAGACUGACGACCAAUUGAAAGCUUCUGAUUUCUUGAAGUGGAAAAAGAAGCAAAUAAACAAAAUCAACACAAAGAAGAUCAAGAACAACAACUUCUUAUCCCAAAUGUAAGGAUAGAAUGUCAGAAUAAAAAAUGUACAUAGACUGUAAAUAUACGAAUCAUUGAGAAAGGAAAGUAAAGGAGAAAUAAUGGCGUAGAGAAUGUGGUUAAGUAGGUGAAAUCAUCUAUAUUCUUUUAUUUUGUAUAUAUUUUGAAGGUGGGGGUAU